UUGGCGAUACUGAAAAUUGCAGCUGCUCGACUAUUUUCUUCCACAAAAAAUUUAACAAUUUAGUAAUUGGGAUAUCUUUGCAAGAGAAAAGUAAAAUAUAAUAAAAAAUUGUUCGGAAGGGAGCUGCUUGGUUUACAUAAGUUUGUUGACGAUAUUACCUCUACUGGCCUGGGCUAAAAUAAGUUCGAUCAUAAGGCAAAGUGUCAAAUUGCUCAAGUCUAACAAAACAAAGGCAUUGACGUGUGCCAACGGUGGUCGAUUGCUCUUAAUUCAUCAGAAAUAAUAUUGGUGGAUAUAAUUUGGCAAUGUACAAUUUAUAGGAACGUAAACGUCAACAUUUCUUUAUACUAACCGACUGAGAUGGAUGAUAAUUCACAAGAUAUUUGCCGGGUAUGCCGUUGUGAGGCACAAUCGGAUCGUCCACUCUUCUAUCCGUGCAUAUGCACUGGCAGCAUUAAGUACAUACAUCAGGACUGUUUAAUGCAAUGGAUGCGUUAUUCCCACAAAGAAUAUUGCGAACUAUGCGGACAUCGCUUCAGUUUCCAACCGAUAUAUUCGCCAGAUAUGCCGCGUGUAUUGCCCUUACGUGAUGUGGCAGGUGGCUUAUUGUCAGCUGUAACCAAGGCAGCAAAAUCGUGGUUCCAUUAUUCUUUGGUCGGCUUAGCUUGGUUUGGCAUAGUUCCGUUGUCAGCAUAUCGUACAUACCGCUACCUGUUUCGUGCUUCGUCUUUCGAAUCGAUACUAUCAGUGCCGUUCGACGUCUUUUCCACGGACAAUUUAGCCUCUGAUGCGUUCCGUGGAUGUUUCGUAGUCACAUGCACGUUACUUUCGUUUAUUGGCUUAGUUUGGUUACGCGAACAAAUACUGCAUGGUGGCGGACCGGAUUGGCUGGAACGCGAUGAUGCACCAGCUGCAGGAAAUGAUGCCGAUGAACAACAGCAGCACAUCGCCGUAGAGGCAGUCGGUGGUGAUGGUGCCAACGGUCAAGGUAUUGAAGAUGCCGAUGUUGCUGACGGCGCUGCUGCACGCAAUGCAGAUGGUGCUGCUGCUGCUGCCGAGAUACCAGCCAACGAGGAACAAGACAGUGAUAAUGAAGAGGCACCCAUUGAUAUACCGAUGAACAAUGCUGAACCAGCGGCUGUUAAUAUAGCCGAAGAGGAAGGUGAAAUACCGCUGGAAUUUGGACCAAGGCAGCAACCACUACCAGGCGUGGGCAAUAACGUAAAUGUAGAUGGCGAAAAUCUUGGUGCAGCUCAAGGUGGCGCGGCUGCAGCUGGUGGUGGCGCCGCUGAAAAUGACAACGACAACGAUGAACCAAAUUGGAAUCCAAUGGAGUGGGAUCGCGCUGCUGAAGAACUGACUUGGGAACGCCUACUUGGCUUGGAUGGUUCUUUGAUUUUUCUGGAACACGUGUUUUGGAUUAUCUCGCUGAAUACGCUGUUCAUUGUUACAUUUGCUUUUUGUCCCUAUUGUAUUGGGAAUUUCAUACUAAGCUCCCUUGACUUGCUGCAGCCGGAUAAACCAUUACUGCAUUUUCAUGGCCUAAUUACCACACUCUUUGGCUACUGCUUCAUUGGCUUAACAUUGGUUGUGCUACACUUCUUUGCACGAGUGUUUCGCAUGCGUCGCGUGCGUUGGCUUAUUGGUCUCUGCUAUAUAGUAGUUAAAGUGUCUCUGCUAUCCGUUGUGGAAAUCGGUGUACUGCCAUUGGUUUGCGGUUGGUGGCUGGACAUAUGUUCAUUACCAUUGUUUGAUGCCAGCAUAAAGGAUCGUAAAGUAAGCUUUAAGGCGGCACCUGGAACAUCGCUCUUUGUGCAUUGGAUGUUUGGUAUGGUGUACGUUUAUUAUUUCGCUGCUUUUAUUUCGUUGCUGAGGGAAGUUCUACGCCCCGGUGUACUCUGGUUCUUAAGAAACUUAAAUGAUCCGGAUUUCAGCCCAAUACAGGAAAUGAUACAUUUGCCUAUCCUACGUCAUGUACGCCGUCUAAUUGCGUCUGCUAUGAUUUUCGGAUCCGCUGUGCUUUUAAUGCUUUGGCUACCUAUUCGCAUGCUCAAAACAAUCUGGCCAUCAUUUCUACCAUAUACAUUAUCCGGAGACUCUGAGGUCAAUGAACUUAGUCUACAGCUUCUACUGCUGCAGAUAAUACUUCCCGGCUUCUUCGAACAAUCACAUACACGUAUUUGGCUAAAGGGACUGUUACGUAUUUGGUGUAUUUGUGUUUCUUGGGUACUGGGUAUACGCAGCUAUUUGCUCGGUUCUGAACAAACCACCGCCGAUGCUGCGAAUGCAGCGAAUGGUGCGCCUGCAGCAGCUGCCGAAGCUGCUCCUGUUGCUGCAGCACCUCAACAGAAUGCAAAUAAUAAUCCGCCAGCUCCUGUUGGGCCGGAUGUGGCGAAUGCAGUAAACGCGGCCAAUGCAGCACCGCGAAAUGUGGCUGGGCCUGCCCCUGUAUUACCACUACCUCGUGAACGUAAUUUGGGCGCCGUACAUCAGGCCAUUAUGCAACGCGAUGUACCAGUCGGUUUUCAACCAUACGAACGGCCAAUAUUAUUCCCACUACGCUUGUGCGGUCUGCUCUUCUUCAUGUGUAUUUCGCUAGUAAUCGCCUCCGUUAUUAUAUUGACGGUGCCAGUUUGGAUUGGUCGUCAAGUAAUGGCGUUGUGGUCCGUUGGCGGCCAUUUUACAAAUCAAGUAGUCGCCCAGACGCCUGAGGUAUCGCCGCGUCCACACGAACUUUAUACCGCGGCUUUGGGCACUUAUCUAUGCUGGAUUACUUCACGCGGUGUUGCAAUUGCAGUGAAUCUGCUGCCACAAGGACGUGCAGCAGUCGUAGAUAAGAUCAAGCACUGGCUGCGUGUGGGCGCUUCUUAUGCAUUACCUGUGCUAAUAUUUGUGCUCAUGCUGGGCGUUAUACCACUUUUGUUUGGGCUACUACUUGAACUAGUGGUGGUUAUACCGUUGCGCGUACCCUUUUACCAAACACCCAUACACUUUUUGUGGCAAGAUUGGGCACUAGGUGUGCUUUAUACAAAAAUCGCCAUUGCCUUGACUCUAAUGGGACCCGAUUGGCAUUUAAAACGAGCACUCGAACGUGCAUACCGUGAUGGAUUGCGUGAUAUCGAUUUGAAAUUUUUAAUACGUGAGUUGGCCACACCUGUUAUCACUUCCUUCGGUUUGGCGCUAGCGAUUCCCUACGUAAUUGCGCACUCCAUUUUGCCCAUAUUCUUCAAGAAUUCGGUAACGCGUUUGGAAAUAUCGCGUGUUGCGUAUCCGGUGUUCUUUAUCAUUGUGGUGGUAAUUGCUUACAUUUACUUUGAAAUCAAACAAUUCAAAAAGUUGUACGUGGCCAUCAAAGUAGACAAAUAUUUGGUGGGCCAACGGCUGGUGAACUACGAACAUCGCAAACGAAAGCAAGAAGCCGAAGCAGCAGAAGCGGCUGCAGCAGCUUCAUCUUCAACGGACAACGCGCAAGUGGCUAAAGAUGAGCCAGAGGAGGUGGCAAUUAAUGCGGCAAGUAUAUUGGAACGUGAAGAGCUAGAAUUGCGGCGGCGAGAAGCAGAACUUGUGCAGGAUUUGGUGCGCGAUGAUUUGUUAUAAUGUGAACUCUAAAUUGCAUAAUGUCAAAAGAUAUGAGAAAAUUAUACUGUUAUUAAUACAUUCAUGAAAACCAUUUCCAAUAUGAAAUUAGACUCUCGCAAAUUAAAUGCCACAAACUUAUUCAUACCAACAAAAAUGUGCAUGUAAGAAACGAACAAAAAAUAAAUAAAUCGAAUUGAGUUAAGAAAAUAUGGAAUAUAGAAAGCUGAGGGGAAGAGAGAGAGUACUUUUAGAAAAAAAAAAAAACAAAUAUUUUUACAAACUAAAUUAGCAGAUUUUCGGACAAAGCAGAAGAAGUAGGUGAAGGCCGGAAAGACCCAAAGUCAAAAAAGUCGAACAGAGCAAAGCAAAGCAAAUACAAAAAGAUCUUAAAACUUAAAACGGAUAAACUUUUAUCAGUGCUGAAUAAAAAAACAUGUUAUUAAAAUUAUGGCUCGACUAAUGAGACUUAAUAUGACAGUGGAGUCGUGCGUAAUUAAUUAAACUGAAAUCUUUUUUCAUAAUUUUUCCCUACAUUGACGCGAAUUGCAAUUUCUAAUUUCUAUUUGGAAAUGGCUUACAUGAAUAAGAAAAAAAUGAAAAUGCUUACGAAAUACGAUUUCCGUUGUGAUUUGUUUUGCGUAUUUCGUGCGCUAAUGGAUAUGUCUGCGUUAAGGGCGAUGGGCGAUUUUGGGUUUAUAGAUUUAAUGGGGUGAAAAGAAAUCAUACAAGUCAAAAUAAUAUUAAUAACAACAAAAAACAAAAAAAAAAAAAAAAAAUACGCCUUCAACCAUGCCACUUUAGAUUAAUUACUUUUUAUUUUAAAAAUUUUGUUAUUUAAAAUUUUUGACACAUUUUUUUUAUGAAAUUGGAAAUUGUGGAAAGUAUUUACUGUUUGCAUUCUCGAACCUACAUGGAAAACCUGCAUUGGAAUGUACAGAGCAAGAAUGUGGAGCCUCCGUUGUUCACUAUGGCAAUUAAUUAAUGAGACAAAAUUUUUUAUGUUUAUUAAAAAUUGAAACACUAAAGACAUACACAAUUACAUGCAUUCAUAAAAAAUAUUUGGUUAAGUGCAUAGAAAAAAUUCAUUUAUUAUUUUAUUUAGUCUUUGUUAUUUCAAAAAACAAAACAAAAACAAAAAUGCUGUAGUAUUCAAGAAGUAAUGUUAUGAACUUAAUUGUAAAAUUUUCAAUACAACACUUUUAACCCAAUUAAAAAACAUAAAAAAUAUAAUAAAAAAUGAACUAAGUAAGAAUAGUAAAUGCUAAAUAUACACACACAUACACGUACCUAUGUACAUAUUCGAAAAUUUAGUAUUCACCAAAUUAAUGUGUAUUUGAAGCGGGCAUUAAUUGAAUAUUACAUUCGCAGCCGUUGAAAAAGAACAACAAAAAAAGGGGAUUUGAAAGAUUUGUUGAUUACAAUUAAAAAAUAUACAUAUGCACAUAUGUAUGCUUAGUUUAAAGUAAGGUGGGGUUAAAGCCGCGAAGAAAUAAAAUACAAAACAAAAAAAAAAUACAAAUUUAAAUUAAACUCUA